GUCGUCCCACGCCACAUGCGCGGCCGCUGGGGAGGGAGGACGCGACGCCCGCCUCACUCAUUCCCCUCCGUGACUCCCUGUGGUGAAGGUCCUCCAGCAGCGCCUCGCUCCACUCCGGCACCAACACCCGGCGACACCCACACCACCUACAUCCCAAGGCCACCACCACUUCAGCCCCUCCACUGUCAUGGCGGCGUAGGUCACGGCGCCCUACUAGGCUGCCCCACCCAAGCGGCCACAGCACAAACAGCAGCGCCCCACAGCGACAGCAGCAGCAGAUUUCCCGCCUCUCAUUCCCUCCAGUCUUCAGAGUCUCAAAGGGGGAUAUUUCACCGGGAGGGACCCCUUGGCGCCCCCUGUCCCUCCCCCUCCCCCUUAGGCGCCAUGUCUCGCCCUAGAAGGCUCACCCCUCUCCUGCUGCCGCCACUUCUCCUGCUGGUGGCGCUGCUGGUGCCUUGCUGCCCUGCUGAAGACGCACCAGCACUACCACCAGCAGCAGCAACAGCAGCAUCAGCAGCAGCAGCACCAACAGCAGCACCAACACCAGCACCAGCAGGCCCGGACGCCGCACAGCACCAGGAGGAGCCGGCCAGGGAGAAGCGGUUCCUGGGGUCGCUGCUGCGGCAGGAUGGACGGCUUCCUAUCUGGGGCUACAAGAGAUCCUUUAUCAGCCAACAGGAUUCGAACCCAGACCACGAUGUCAUGACACCCGCAGCGGCGUCUCCUGCCGAGGGUACCCUGCCUGAGGACUCCGAGGCUCAGGCCCUGGAGAAACGGCACUUGUCCAGCCUGGCACGCAACAACGCCUUCCCUAAGGACCUCCGGGAGAAGAAGUACUUCGCGUCACUGCUCAAGUCUCGAGUGAUGGGUGAGGGCACCAAGUUCAGCCAGCAGGACGCCCCUGAUGACUCGGAGUCCCGCCUGCAGAAGCGGUUCUACGCCUCCCUGCUCAAGUCCGACACGCCGCCCCAGACUGCCUACCUGAACAGCAUGUUCUACCGCCAGGACAAGCGUCACUACGGCUCGCUGCUCAGGAGCGGCCCGCUGCCCUUCAUGCAGGACAAGCGACACUUCGCCUCGCUGCUCAAGAGCCCGAGCUACCGCGGCAUCUCCAUCCCCGGCAAGCGAGGCGUGGGCGCCGAGGACGGGGCUCAGGAUGACGCAGUGCGCCAGCUGGAGGAUGUUCGGGAGCUGUCCAAGCACCAGUUCUCAUCCUUGCUCGGGAACCACCUGGACGACGACCUGGAGCUGCAGCGGCGCCUGCUGGCUGCUGGCCUCAUCAGCCCCGGGGACACGCAGGACCUGGCGGCGCUGUUCACCCCCUGGGAAGUCGCCACCCUGCCGGGGCAAGACAAGCGGCACAUUGGUUCCUUGUACAGGGGCAAGAAGGACGAAGACAGCCUGUACGACCUUCCUGAAGACAAGAGGCACAUCGGCUCUCUGUACCGAGGCAAGAAAGAUGAAGACAGUUUGUACCACGAACUCUCUGAAGACAAGAGGCACAUUGGCUCUCUGUACCGAGGCAAGAAGGACGAAGACAACGUCUUGGGUUUUCCUGAAGACAAGAGGCACAUUGGCUCUCUGUACCGCGGCAAGAAAGACGGUGAUGAUUUGUACCACGACCUCUCUGAAGACAAGCGACACAUUGGCUCUCUGUACAGGGGGAAGAAGGAUGAAGACAACUCAUAUUACGACCUCUCAGAAGACAAGAGGCACAUUGGUUCUCUGUACAGGGGGAAGAAGGACGUAGACAACUCAUAUUACGACCUUUCCGAAGACAAGAGGCACAUUGGUUCUCUGUACAGGGGGAAGAAGGAUGAAGACAACUCAUAUUACGAUCUCUCAGAAGACAAGAGGCACAUUGGCUCUCUGUACAGGGGGAAGAAGGAUGAAGACAACUCAUAUUACGAUCUCUCAGAAGACAAGAGGCACAUUGGUUCUCUGUACAGGGGGAAGAAGGAUGAAGACAACUCAUAUUAUGACCUCUCAGAAGACAAGAGGCACAUUGGUUCUCUGUACAGGGGGAAGAAGGAUGAAGACAACUCAUAUUACGAUCUCUCAGAAGACAAGAGGCACAUUGGUUCUCUGUACAGGGGGAAGAAGGAUGAAGACAACUCAUAUUACGAUCUCUCAGAAGACAAGAGGCACAUUGGUUCCCUGUACAGAGGGAAGAAGGACGAAGACGAUCUGUACCACGACCUUUUCGAAGACAAGCGUCACAUCGGCUCCUUGUACCGGGGGAAGAAGGACGAAGACAACUUGUACAGCGAACUUUCUGAAGACAAGAGACACAUUGGCUCCUUGUACCGCGGCAAGAAAGAUGAAGACAACAUGCAGGGGCUUUUUGAAGACAAGAGACACAUUGGCUCCCUGUAUCGCGGCAAGAAAGAUGAAGACAGCUUAUAUCACGACCUUUCUGAAGACAAGAGGCACAUCGGGUCUCUGUAUCGCGGCAAGAAGGAAGAAGACAACAUCUAUCAGAGUCUCUCCGAAGACAAGCGGCACAUUGGCUCCCUGUACCGUGGGAAGAAAGACGAAGACAACUCCCAGGGACUCUCUGAAGACAAGCGACACAUCGGUUCAUUGUACAGAGGAAAGAAAGAUGAAGACAACCUUACUGAAGACAAGAGGCACAUUGGCUCCCUGUACCGCGGCAAGAAGGAUGAAGACAACUCUCAGAACCUCGCUGAAGACAAAAGACACAUCGGAUCCCUGCUCAGAGGAAAGAAAGAUGAAGACAACUCCCAAGGCCUCUCUGAAGACAAGCGGCACAUUGGUUCAUUGUACAGGGGAAAGAAAAAUGAAGACAACCUUGCUGAAGACAAACGGCACAUCGGAUCCCUAUACAGAGGAAAGAAGGACGAAGACAAUUCACAAAACAUUCUUGAAGACAAGCGACAUAUUGGGUCUUUGUACAGAGGAAAGAAGGAUGAAGACAACUCACAAAACCUUUCUGAAGACAAGCGGCACAUCGGGUCCCUGCACCGUGGCAAAAAGGACGAAGACAAUGCUAAUAGUUUUGGUGAAGACAAGCGGCACAUCGGCUCUCUUUACCGGGGGAAGAAAGACGACGACAGCGACAGUCCAUCAGAAGACAAGAGGCACAUUGGAUCCUUGUACCGCGGCAAGAAGGACGAAGACAACAGCAACAGUCUCUCCGAAGACAAGCGACACAUCGGCUCCCUGUACAGAGGAAAGAAGGACGAGGACAGCGCCAACACCCUUUCUGAGGACAAACGACACAUCGGGUCACUGUACAGGGGGAAGAAGGACGAGGACAGCAACAGUCUCUCUGAGGACAAGCGGCACAUCGGGUCGCUGUACCGCGGCAAGAAGGACGAGGACAACGCCCACGACCUUUCUGAAGACAAGAGACACAUUGGAUCCCUCUACAGGGGGAAGAAGGACGAGGACAGCGCCAACAGUCUCUCUGAGGACAAGCGGCACAUCGGGUCACUGUACAGAGGCAAGAAGGACGAGGACGACGCCCACGAGCUUUCCGAGGACAAGCGGCACAUCGGGUCGCUGUACCGCGGCAAGAAGGACCAGCAGGUCUUCCCGACAGACCUCAUCCAGGACGAGGACGACAUCGAGCGAGGCCUGCACGACCUGCCGGACAAGCGGUACUUCGCGUCGCUGCUGAGGGACAGACAGUCAUCCCUGGGCCCCUGGAACCCGCCAGACAAGCGACACAUCGGCUCAUUCUUCCAGAACAGACAAGUGCCCUUCGGGAUGCAAGACUCCGCGGAGAAGAGACACCUGGGCUCGCUGCUGCAGCACAGACCGUCAGCCUUUGCUCCACACGACCUGACGGCGGACAAACGACACAUCGGCUCCUUCUUCCAGAACAGACAGGACCCCUUCGGCACGCAGGACCUCUCAGCAGACAAGCGUCACAUCGGCUCCUUCUUCCAGAACAGACAGUCCCCGCUGGGGCUUCAGGACUCCGCGGAGAAGAGGCACAUCGGCUCCUUCAUGCAGGACCGGGGGCCGCCCUUCGCCCCGGACCAGGGCUCGGGGCUGCGGCGACGCAAGAGGUACAUCGGCGCGCUGGCCAGAACCAACAACAUGCCCUCCCCAUACUCCCGGGCGCGCCAGAACCGCCGCGACGCCCCAGACCCAAGCCGCCGCCGCGCCCACCUGCUGCAGCGCCUCCUCAACAUGGAGCGACAGCGGGACCUCCUCCGCCAGCGCCAGCGUCAGGCUCUCGUCACGCGCACGCAGAACGCCGCCAUGAUGCUCAAGUACCUGGAGCACGCCGCCCUGGACGACGAGGACGAGGACCUGGACCUGCAGCCAGCGCGGGACGUGGGCGUGGACCUGGAGCUGGACGAGGAGCAGGAGCCACGGCCUGACCUGGACCACCUGCAGUACACCAUGGCCGCCGCGCCCCUGGAGGACAACGCCCUCACCUACCACAGCGCCACCAAACGCUUCCUGGGGUCACUAGCACGCAGCGGGUGGUUCCCAAGACGUUACAGUGGAGCCUACUCUUUUGACCUUCAGAAACGUGACCUUGCCUCCCAGCUUCCGUUAGAUGAGGAUGAAGAAGAGGAAGAAGAAGAAGAAGAUGAAGAGGACAAGCCUUUCUUCACUUUCUCCUAUUAAAAGAUAAAGAAGAAGAGGAGAUAUGUCUUUCUCUCUCUCUUUCUCUCUUUCUCUGUCUCUCUCUUUGUGUAUUUCUCUCUCUGUCUCUCUGUCUCUCUUUUUUCUCUUCUAUUCCUCUUUCGUUCUAUCUGGUGUGUUUUCUAUUUUUUUCUUUUUUCCUUCUUUUUUCUGUAUAUGGAUGUGAUUCUCUCUCUCUCUCUCUCUACACACACACACACACACACACACACACACACGCACACACUUCAUUUCCCUUUUCCUCGUCAACCUUCCUUUAUUUUCUUCCCCCUCACCCUACUUAUCCCUCCUUCCUUCCCUCCACUCCCUCCUUCCUUUCCUCCACUUUUACGCCUCACCUACACAGCCAAUAUGAACUGAAAUAACACUCCCCCCUCCGCCCCCCCCCCCGAAACCAAUCUCCUCACUACACACAAAGGCGAAUUACUGAAGGUGUUUAUCACUCAUCUAAGUUUCCCAUAAACUUUACCAUUGUGUUCCGUUUUCUCUUUUAUUCUCUCUCUCUCUCGUUUUCUUUGGUGAUGGUGUACGAGAGUUGCUAAUUCUUGUUUUCUUUCAGAUUUAUGUUGUGAUUGAUGUGUUUUUGUUUUUAAUUAUAUUUUUCUCUUGUUUUGAUACAUUUUAGGUUAUUCUUGUCUUUUUUUUCUUAGUUUUAUUUCUUAUCUUGUUAGCAAUUUUUUUUUUCUUAGAUUAGUACUUGGCGUGUUAUUCUCCCUCCUUGAAAAAAAAUAACAAUAAAUAAAUAAAUAAAUAAAAUAAAAAGAACGGAGAAAAACAAUCAUGUCGGUCAGCUUGAGUUUAUAAGAUUGAUAAUUUAUUCCCCUGUUUUUUCUCAUCAAUUUGUUUACGUAAUAUUGUUCGACUCAUAAAAUAAAGGGAGAAAUUAGUCCUUAGUCCUUAUUGGUCAGUUUAAUUCAGGUGUCUUUGUUUUGCUCUUUAGAAUUGUUCAAGUCACAGGAAGGCGGAGAGACAGAGAGAGGGAGGGAGUUGCAGUAAAGAGUGUUUUUAAGUUCAAAGUUAGUAUAUUCCUGCACCUUCUCUCUCUCUCUCUCUCUCUCUCUCUCUCUCUCUCUCUCUCUCUCUCUCUCUCUCUCUCUCUCUCUCUCUCCCCGUCUUCUCACGGCAAAGUUCCCAGUCCACCACACAACACACCUUCGCCAUAUAUCUCAACACACACACACACACACACACACACACACACACACACACACCAUUCCCCUCCUCUUUUCUUCUAUCUUCUCUCUCUCCUCCUCCCAUUUCCUCCCUUCUCUUUCUCUUACCCCUAAAGCCACACGCCUCAACACACACACACACACACACACACACACACACACACACACACACACACACGGGACACUAAAUUAAUUCAACUACAACGGAAUUUCACGGUUUCCCUUCCACAACCAUUUCGUCUUUCCUUCCUUGCAUUUCCCUCCUCUCAUUCUUUCCUUCCUUACCUAUACCUGUAACCCCCCCACACACACACACACAUGGGAUACUUAAUUGAUUCACCAGGUACUGUAUUUCACGGUCUUCCAACUAUAAAGUCCCCAGGUUCAGGUAUAAGGUGGUGGGCUGCUCACUGUUGGUCUCUGUUCCCGAUGGUCACCAAGUCUUCCUCGUGCCGCCUCCACCAGGAAGCAUCACCCGCUAUUUGUUUCCCCCUCGGUGGAUGUAACCCUUGGCUAUACACACACAAUAUUGCAGCACCAUUAAGCCAUUUCGAAAGCUACAUACAUAUAUACAUACAUACAUACAUGCAUACAUACAUACAUACAUUUCUGUUUGUUUGUUUUUUCUUUUUCUAUCUUCUUUUUCUUGUUUGUAAUUUUUUUUCUUCCUUGCUUUCUUUCUUUUCUUGUUAAUUUAUUCUUUUUUCCUUUUUUUAUCGAUCGUUGUCUUCUUUUUUCUUCUUUUCUUUCCCUCGUUAUCUUUCCUCUCCCUUCUAUCGCUUUUGUUUUACAGCAUCAGUUUCUUCCUCUUCCUUUCCUUCCAUCGCUUUCAUUCACACCAACAAUAUUUUUCUCUCUCUCUCCUUCCUUUCCAUUUUUUUCCUCUCCUUUCUUUCUCUCCCUUUAAUUUACUUCAGUUCAUUCUUUAUCUCCUUCCUAACCUUCCCAUCUUCCCUUCCAUUCUUUCCCCACCCUUCCUUCUGUCGCUGUCAUUUAUAUCACUAGCGUAAACAAGAGAAAUCAUGGUCUUCCUACAAGCGUACACUGUUCCUCAGCCAGAGUAGACAUUACCACAGUGAGUCAAGUACGAUACAUUACGGUAUAUGUACGAUAGCAUGUAGUCUUGGUAGAACCCACAACGUCGAUUACGAUAACUACGCAAGUGUCGCGAGCUAUAGACCGGACAACGCUGUAUUUUAUCUAACUAUAUCAGAUGUGUAUACGUUGCUGGUGUUUAUUUAUUUAUUUAUCUAUUUAUUUAUUUCUUUCCUUGGUAAUACGGAGGUGUGGUCUCAUCUGAGGGACGCCGCCUUGCUGCCCCUCACCUGAGAUCUCGGAAAUUCUAUAUAGAUAUAUAUAUAUACAAAAAAAUAUAAAAAAUAAAAGCGAUAAAGAGGAAGUGACCUGAUAUGUA